AUGUCUCACCUGGCAUUCGUUCUUUUCGUUCAUGCGGUGCUGUCCCAGUUUGGAGAUGUGAUGAUGGCUUGCUUGAAUCUGCUAAACGUUCCCAUAAGGAAAAUUUUCAACGAAAGUAUCUCCUCCUCUUAUAAUCUCAACGACGAACAGCUCGAACUACUCUACUCUAUUUCUGCUUCUACAAUGAUGAUUGGCGUGUUGGUAGGAUUCUUGAUAAUAAGUCGGCUCAUGGAAGUGCUUGGAACAAAGGAUACGGCUAUUACAAUAAGAUGUUCGCUUGGAAUCAUUGGCUCUGCUUCAAUGGUACUCUCUUUUAUCACUCGCCGAUUCGAAUUUUUCGUGAUGGGACAUUUUUUGAGCGGCGUCGUGUCUGCGCUGAAAGUCGCUCUUUUCAUUUAUGUCGCAGAUUGUAGUCCUGACAAAAGAAGAGGUUCGUAAUU